UUGAACUGUUUCUCGGAUAUUGGUGUUCGAGAUGUGUUUCCAGGCAAAGAUCCAUACUACUUGUCAAAUAUACAACUGGAGAGUUUCAUCAUUGCUUCAUUUCUUGAUGAACAAAUACAUAUUCCACAGCGUACAGCAAGAACAAGACGAAGUGUAGAACCGAUUCCGGAGAUAAAUGUAACAGAGCGGAAGCUUAGUUUUAAUGAAUUAAUCAUUGUUAACGAGUCAUAUCAGGAGUGGGUUAUUGCGCCGGAAGGCUAUUCGACGAAUUAUUGUUCCGGUGCUUGUUCUAGUGAUUCACCUAUGCACAGUAAAAUGAAUGCAACGAAUCACGCUAUUGUUCAGACAUUGGUACACUUGGUGGAUCCAAAACGUGCUGAAGAAGCCAAAUGUGCUCCGAUUCAGUUAUCGCCAGCGAAAAUACUCUUUAUAGACAAUCAUGGUAAUGUUGUAAUGAGGCGAUAUCAAGACAUGACCGUGCAAGAAUGUGGUUGCCUUUGA